UGUGAAGUGAUUGAGUAAAUAUGAAAAAAUGUCGUGAAACUUAAGAAAUUGUUUUCGAUAGUCCAAAUAAAUUAAAAAUGAUUAUAACUAAAUAUUGUAAAAAUCCACGCAAAUUUCGUAUCAUUCUACUUUUGAUGAUUGUGACACUAAUAGUUAUAACAUUAUUAAUACUAAACAAUGGUCUACAACAUGUCAACUCUGAGAGAUUAAUCGAUGAAAGGUUCGUGGCACAAGCUUAUGCUGGACCACCUCAGCUAAAGCCACAACAAAUUGAAGAUGGUUUGGUCGUUUUAAAAUCACCGCGUGAAAACGGUGUUAUACAACCGGAAAAGUAUGAUGAACAUAAACUAAAGUCGCGUUUAAUUGAAGAGAAAAUUCACAAUUUAAAAGAACAAACCAAGCAAUUGAUACAGGACCCAGAAGAAGAACAUACCAUAUUGGAGAGUGUAACUACAGCUAUACAUAUUUUUUACACCGCUCCUGUGCAAUGGUAUAAGACUCGUAAGCCCACGGUGCCAAAGGAAAUUCUCAGUGAUUUUAAUACAACCGAGAAUGUCACUCAAAAACCAACAGCAAAAAUUUUAAAUAGUGCUUUCUAUCCGGCUCUGGGUCUAUACAAGCCCACAUGUGAACUCUUCGAAAGACACUUUCAAAAUAUACGCAAUUGUGGUGUUGGCGUACUGAUUUUAAGCUACACUGGAAAAUCUUCUGAGUUGGAGGUCUACAAGACAAUAUUUCAGGUGGCACCAAAAUUUAAUUUAUCAAUUACCUUCGAAAUUAGUGUAGCUGGCAAUCAGUCGUUAUCUUUUCUGCAGCAACAUCUAAAGGAUAUUCGAACAUUUUACCAUUCGCCUGUGUUUUUAAAAGUGUAUUCCCAAAGUCGUAAAGCAUUAACACCUGUUAUUUAUAUAAGUAAUGCCUAUAAAUUAGUCGAUUCUCUGGCUUCGCAAGCAUUUUGUAAAUCUUCUGCGUCCAUACGAUUUAUAUUUGAUGCUUUCUUUAUAGGUCACAUAAGAUUAAAGAAUCAUGCCGAUUACAUAAGACGUCUCUGUUUGGAUGGCUUUUAUAGUAAAUUGCCCAGUAACGGGGCUACAUUUGCCAGCACAUGGAAAAAUUGGUCAUAUCUUAAAUCGUUUGCAUUAACCUAUAAAAUGUUGUUUGUGCCCACUGUAGGGCCAGGUUUUGCCGAACGUAACAAGUUUCCGCGUCAUGGUGACAUACAAAGACACCGAAGUAAUGGAAGGUAUUAUGGCGUAGCUUGGCGUACAGCUAUUCUUAAUCAUGUUGGUUUCAUCAAUAUCGCCAGUUACAACAAUUGGCCUGAUGGCAGCCAAAUUGAAGAAGUAAUACCAAAAGCUGGUUUUCUCGAUUACAAUCCAGGAGCAAAAAGUAAAUAUUUAGAUCUAACCACGCACUGGGUGGGUAACUUUAUAAAGACACGCAAUGAAGCUGCAGCAGCUACACUCCAAAGUGGCAAUGGCCACCUUAGUUGUUAUGAAUAUUUAAAUAAUACAAUUUGUUAAGGUCUCAGCAAUAAUGAUUUUAAAUCAAACUCAAUACAGGCCAAAUUUAAAUUACUUUAUAAUUA